AGGAAUGGCUAAGUGGUGCACGCGCGUGACUGAGACCUUUAUAAAGUCCCUCACACUGUUCCCUUCUCCUUCAUUCUAACUCUCUUUCUCUAUCUCUAGACAAGGAAUCAAUUACCCUGUUCACGUUUGUUUUUUCACUGCCACAAAGCUUUCAACGCAAGCAAAUCAUCUUUCUAUCUACACACCCCUCUUCCCCUUCUUCAAUCAUACCCCUUUCAUAACACAACAACAUAUUUAGGCAACUUAGCUUCCAUGGCAGCUUUUGAACCUUCCUAUAUUUCCCACACCUAAAACAAACCCCUACCCCACCACACUUACACUUUAUUCCCCUGUUUCUCACCCUCCUAUCUCUCAUCAUUCCCUUUCACCCGUGCUGUUUCAAUUUUAUUACACGCCCAACAUGUACACAACAAAGAGAGAACAACAAAGGCUCAGGUUCCAAAACCACGCUAAAAAACCCUCCUUCUCUUCCAUUCUACUCGAUCAAAUCUACCGUUCCAUCGACGAGGGCAACGACAUGAAGCUCUACAACGAAACAAUGGCGAAGCAACAGAACAGAGUCUUCGUCGAAGAAGAAGAAGAAGAAGAAGAAGAAGAAGAGAUAACGGCUGCCAGCAUUCCCCGCGCUUGUUUGCUCGAGAAAUGGAAAGAAAGCGAAAAGGCUGGAAGUCAAUGGAAAACACAAACGGAGGGAAAAUCGCGUUGGCAUCAUCAUCAUAAUCACGAGCAUGACCAGGAGGUUAUGUUCUUCAGUUCAACUUCGAGUUCCUCGGAUUCUAGUUCUGGUUUAUUGUCCUCCUCUGACACGGAAUCCUUGUACGGAAUGAGGUCGAAAUCACGAGUUUCGUGCUUUGCGCCGUCGAGGCCGAAGCCAGUGGUGACGUCAGCGAGCAACGAAGUGGGUUUAAUAAAGUCAGAAUCGAGGGCAUUGAAGAUUUACACCAACCUGAAGAAGGUGAAGCAGCCCAUCUCACCGGGGGGUAAGUUAAGUAAUUUUCUUAACUCUCUGUUCGCGACAGGGGGCAGCGUUAAGAAAACCAAAACCUACGACGACGACGCCAAAGCUUCCACCAAGUCGGGACAGGACUCCACGUGUUCCUCCGCUUCCUCGUUCUCGCGGUCUUGUUUGAGCAAGGCUUCGACUUCCUCUAAGGACAAAUUGCGUGACGGGGUUAAGCGAACGGUGCGUUUCUACCCCGUGAGUGUGAUCGUGGGCGAGGAUUCUCGAGCGUGUGGGCAUAAGUGUUUGUAUGAAGAGGACACUCGCGUAACGGAAGUGUCCGUGCCAACCGCGUGGAAAAUUGGGCGCAAGAAGAACCAAGAAGAUGAAGAAUUAAGGGUCGUGGAUAGGAGUAGGCGCGUGGAGGAGGCUGCUAGAGAGUUCUUGAAAGAGUACCAUCGAAGCCAGAAGAAGAGCGAUUUUACUAAUUUGGAUGUGGAAGAUGAUGAUGAUGCAUCGAGUUGUUCAAGUUCGGAUCUGUUCGAGCUUGAUCACCUAGCGGUGAUGGGAAAUGAUAGGUAUGGUGAUGAGCUUCCCGUUUACGAGACAACUUAUGUUUCUACUAAUCGCGCCAUUGCUAAUGGCCUCAUAUAAUGUACUACUUCUCUCUCUUCAUUAGAAGCCUAUGAUGAUAAAUUACAUGCAGAUUAUAUACUAGUUUUAUAUAAUCAUUUUGUUUCA